UUUUAAAAUCAGGUCAUUCAUUUUGAUACACGCUGUAAUAUCAGCAAUUUCAGAUCCGAGUCGACCGUCACAAGCAGUACUCUUGUUCGAACAAUAAUCUGGUUACAUAAAUCUGGUCACAGAAGAGGCAAACAUGAAGUUCAUGCUUGUUAUAAUACUUGGCGUCUUUCUCAUAAGCAACGUUAGAACUGAUGCGUCCCCUCAAUCGCCAGAAUCGAACGAGGCAGGCUUGAGUUGUGUUCCAGGUACGACGUGGAUGCAGGACUGCAACACGUGCCAUUGUCAUAAUGGCCACGCUGCGUGCACACUAAUGGGUUGUGAGUCCGAUAUUCUUUUGUCUAGUUACAUAAAUCUGGUCACAGAAGAGGCAAACAUGAAGUUCAUGCUUGUUAUAAUACUUGGCGUCUUUCUCAUAAGCAACGUUAGAGCUGAUGCGUCCCCUGAAUCGCCAGAAUCGAACGAGGCAGGCUUGAGUUGUGUUCCAGGUACAACGUGGAUGCAGGACUGCAACACGUGCCAUUGUGAUGCUAAUGGCAAUGCUGGGUGCACACUAAUGGGUUGUCAGCCCGCUAUUAUUUUGGAACCCGGAACAGAUGACCCUAGGUUCACAAACGAGCCAAACAUGAAAUUUAUGCUUAUUAUAAUUCUUUGCGUCUAUCUUAUAAGUGACGUUAAAGCUGAUGUAACCAGUGAAUCACCAGAAUCGGACAAGUCAGGCUUGAGUUGUGUUCCAGGCACAUCUUUUAAGCAAGAAUGUAACUGGUGCUAUUGUCUUGCUAAUGGCCUCCCUGUAUGUACAAGAAUGGGUUGCCCACCACCUCGGCAUCCAGGGCAUAACAUCUUCGGUACUGUUGGACGAAUGCAGCCUUUGGGUGAUUUGGACUACAUUUCACCUCCUUUAUGAUUUUUUAAAUAUAUAAUAUUACUUUAAUAUAAACUGUAACUGUUUUAUUGUUACUCCAAUGGAACUCAAAUUUUAAUCUGUUAUUUCAAUGUAUAAUGCGUUCAAACGUUUCUAUAUCUGCACCAUAUCAAUAAUCAGCAUAAUAUGGUAAAUUGUAAUUUCAAUUUUUAUCUUUUAAUUUCUAAGUUGAAAUGUGAUGUAACACUAUUCAUAGUUUGAUAUAAAUUAAAUCAGUAUAAAUACAUUUCAAUUAAACCGUU